AUCAUAAUAAAAAAGAGACUUAACUAUAUUAAUAAAACAAUAUUAAAUAGAAAUCAAGACAUAACUUAUAUAAAAUAAUAAAUCAAAAAAAUAAAUUAUAAAAACCUAAAACAACAUAGAACGAAUAUGGAAAAAAUGUAGUCAAACAUAUAAGAGAGCUAAUCUGUAAAAUCAUAAUAAAAUUCAUCAAAAAAUUGCUUGAUAUGUUAUAAAAAAGUAAGUAAAUCUGCUCGAAAUUACUUUAAGUUAAAAGAAUGCUCACAUAGAUUUCAUAAAGAAUGCUUAGUAAGCUACAUGUAAAGGGUAGAAAGUAAUUAAAAAUACAGCUGUUGCCCAAAUUGUAAGAAGCCUUACAAUUCUGAAAAAAUUUUAAAAUAAGGCAUUUAACUAGAAUGCAAUAUUGAAUGCGUAAUAUGCUAUUCAUCAUAUACGUAGGAGAAUAUACCUUGCUCUUUGCCAUGCAAUCACUUUUUUCAUAAAGAUUGCUUAGUUAAAUGGAAUGAGAGUUGCAAAUCUGAAACUUCUCCUUGUCCAUACUGCAGAAAAAUGUAUGAAGAAAAGGAUAUUUUACUGAGAUGGGAUGUUUUUGCAAAGCUUUAAAAAUUGAAAGUAAGCUCAAACGAACCUAAAUCUUCUUAAUAAGAAGAAGUGUUUGAGGAGAGCACAAUAUCAAGUAUUUCUUCUAUGGGAUUAGAUUUAAGCUAGAUUGAAUCAUCUACAAGUAGAAGUGAUACAACAAUGAUUGAGGAAUAAAUUUCAGGUACUUUCUUUUAAGAGAUUUCAUAAAAAAUAAAUGAGGAUAAAUAAGAAAAAAUUUCUUCAGAUUAACUAAAAAAGUAGAGCGAAUCACCAAAAAACCAAUCAAUAUAAACAAAUAAUGAAUAAACUUAAAAUAGAUAAAAUUAAUAAGCAGAGAAAAUUUCCUUAAAUAGUAAAUAACAAAGUAAUUAAUUAGAUAUUAUACAUGAAGAAGAUCUCGAAUAUAAAUCAAAAAGUAAUUAAAAUACUAAAAAAUAAACUGAAAAUAGUUAAUAAAACCCAAAAAUAGAAAAUAAAAUUGAUGAAAAAUCAUAAUGUCAUAUUUUGAAAUCAAAUAAAAACUAGCAUCAAAACGAAUUUCAAAUAUUUGUAAAAGAUUUAAAUGGAUAAACAUUUAUAGUGAAUGUUUCUCCAAUGUUAAAAGUAAAAGAAUUUUCUAAUAUGAUAAGUCAAAGAUCUAAUAUUGAAACGGAGUAGCUCAGAUUUAGUUGUUAAGGUAAGAGCUUUUCAGUUUAAAACAAUUCUGAAGAAUUAUUAGGAAAUUUAAAAGUCGAAAAAAAUUCAAUAGUCCACUUAUUAUUAAGGCUUAAAGGAGGUUUCAAUUAAGAACAACUCUAAUUUAUUUGA